AUCUAUGACUUGCUGCUCAAGGUCAACGCCAGACGCUUGAGCUUGCUCGCAGGCAGCAUGUAGCAGCGCUGCCCGUUCAGAUCGUGAUGCCUCAUUGUAUACAAUGGCCUGAUUGGAUGUCAUAUCACAAAACCGUGCAUCCUGAGUCGUAUGUCGAGCAGCGACAGCAGGAUCCAUAGAAUCGACAUCGACUGUAAGCUGCGAGCGAAGUUGGGCAAACAAAGUACUGGACAUGGUGGUAAGACACACUAUCGAUUAUCAUCAAAAACCCUCAAGCAAGGUCGUUUCUGGUGGUCCCGAGUCCCACUUGCAGCUGCUCGGUCAUGGCGGUCCGACGUCAUGGAUCUCGAAUCUCAACCACUACACCUUCCUAAAUUGUGGUGCACUUUGGGUGCACUGGUCCAGACCCGUGUCGAACUUUUUGUCCGAACGGAAGCAACUGCAGAGCAUACGUACUCACCUAUGUCAUUUUUGCGCAGCGAUCCUUGAGACAGAGCAACAUUAUGGAUCUAGUAUCGUACUCACUCCGUCAAGACUGGCUGGGGUCAACCGAAGGCAAACACAUGAGCACUUUCCGUGAAUGGCUGCCAUGCGGUAGUUCGAUUCCCUCUCCUUGCAAGGUAUUCGAACAUCGCUCUCACGCGCCUAUGUGACUCCAACAUCAAACGGACAUCUACCUCUGUGGAGAUGACCGCCGGUUUAGAAAAACCUGACAAUGACGCCUAUCCACUGAAACUACUCCAUACGGUCCCCAUCUCUAUAUUAAGGCCUGCGCAGGGAGAGUCUCGCGAUUGUUGAUAGUUUCCAGCUCUUACACUAUUACGUCACUUGCAAUCCCUGACAAAUUUGUUCGCUAGUCGGUCCAUUCUCGUACAAUACCUCAGGCCUCACCUCUCGUCUGGAGCAUUAAAGCUGCAAUUUCGUAUCUCAGCCGCAGCCUCGCAUCUAUUAUUGUGGCGCUCUUUUCAGCUCGAUUUUUCCACGCGCAUUUAUACCAAUACAACAACGUUCACCUUCCUGACACUUCAUGGCACGGGAAGGUCUUCUGGGGUCCGGUGGCCCGCCAGAGUCAAACAUAUUACUUACUACAUCAGGCGACACCAGGGGAAAUUUCCAACUCCAUCGCCAGAGUUGGAGUAUAGAUUCUAUUACCACCGUCUCGAUGGACCAUAGCGAAUCUGUCCUUCCACAAUUGUCCAGUAUUUCCCCAACAUACAGGCCUUUCCACAUCCCAAUUCAUGCAGCUUCAGGUGAUUCGGCCUCUUUGAUUGCACAACAAAGUAGCACUAAUCCUCUACCCAAAGAUCCACCCUCAGUUGAUGCAGCCAGCACUACUCAAGCGUCCAAUAGUGAAAUGCCAACUUCCGAUCCUUCUCAACAUAAUGUACUACCCACCUUGCCAUGCAUCGCACAACCUCAGGCCGCUACUACCUCCAACUCAAUUGCGACCAGUCUCGGUCGCGAUGCCAUACUGGCAUAUGCUUACUGGCUGUAUGAUACUCGCGCAGACGUCCCGCCAGGUCUUACUCAUGUUCCUCUGUUCCAACAAUUACCCCAUGCUGUGGUAUCCGAAGACAUUUACAAGUUGCGGUUAUUGCCGCUCUUGCUCACUCUGAGGUCUCUGCAUCCCACUUAUAUCCCGCUCUUAUUGCUCCUCGCCUGCACGUAUCAUACGUUAGACGACUAUGAGGGCAGUUUGCAGAUGAACCGCGAAAUUCUGAGAAUUGAUCCGAACUACGCUGAAGCUAUGUGCAACAUGGGGACUACGUCGCGGAUGUUAGGGGAAAAUGAUCAGGCCUUCGAGUGGUGGUGGAAGGCGCUUCGCAUCCAUCCUACAUAUUGGGAUGCCUUAGACAACUUGAUUGGUCUGGUUUUCUCUCUGGCGCAGACGGCCGAAUCCAGUCAACAACGCGCAACUCUUCAUGUCCGGGCGAUGGAUAUCUGUCAGUUUGUUCUCGGCGAGGUCACUGAUCCACAAGGUCGAUUGAAAGUCACGCUGGUGCCGAAUGAAUUACAUCGUCUACAACGGGUUUAUUUCACAUCGGCCUCGCUACGUGUCAUGGGAACAAAUGGUGUUCAGGACGCUGCGUCCGAUUACUUCAAGGCCGUUGAGCUCGUGAUACGCCCACUUUCUCCAUAUGGUGAGGACGAACUGUAUACCAUGCGAGAACUCAUUUUGUCGUCUUAUGUGCUGGGUCUCAGCAUGUGCGGUGAUCCCGACGGGACUCUUUCCGAAGGAUUAAAUGCCAGUCUCAAUCUUCGCGGGAACCCUUCAUUUUCAAUUCUUCUCAAUGAUCCUUCAUUCAAUAUCUUCCACAUUAUCCGAGUAGCCGGAAAUGCCCUAAUCGACGCUUUGUUACGCGAAGGCGGAGGAGCUUUGCCCUUCUUACUCUUGUCCCCCAAUCAAGUUGAUCGAUUGGUCGUCCUUCUUUUCAAACCGUCACAUGGCAUCUUGCCUGCAAUAUGUCAUCGAGUGUUACAGAGUGGCAGUCUUCAACCCUCUUCAGAUGACGCUUUUCAGAACACAAACCUGAUGACCAGCACAAUACUGCUCACCCUGGCAAAGCGAUAUCAAGAUUUGUGUCCUACUGAUGUUCAGAUACCCGAAUUCCCCGGCUACGUGAACAUCAAUCAUUCCCUCUGUAUCCUUUUCUACUAUCUUGCGGUCGCGCUGGUACCUGCUCCAUCUACGUACAAUAAUCUGGGCAUCAUGCUCGCCACUGUUUCAUCGACAAGAAAGUAUGCCGAUGACACAGGUGAACAUCAUACCCUGAACGGCCCAACUUUGGCAAAGAUAUACUACGAGACAGGCUUGCAGAUAGAUGGGACUCAUCCGCAUCUCCUGACCAACCUCGGGUCUCUAUAUAAAGAUCAAGGACAUGUCGACAAGGCUAUUCAAUUAUACACCAAAGCAGUGUCUAGCAAACCUGACUUUGACGUUGCGCUUGCGAACCUCGGAAAUGCCAUUCAAGAUGCAGGUCGGCCUUGGGAGGCGAUUGACUACUACCGCCGUGCGGUUAGCGUCAAUCCGGAUCUCCCAGAAGCCGCCUGUGGUCUAGUUAGUUCGCUAACCUCGAUAUGCGACUGGAGAGGCCGCGGCGGCCUAAGCACGGACGUCGCAGUUGACAAUGAUGGGAACCUUCAUCUACCUGGCAACCCAGAGGACCCUGCCAGACCUGGAUACAUAACCAAAAUGGUCGAGAUAUGCGAGAGCCAGAUCAAUAUGGCAUACAUGCAUAAUAUUGGUGUGGUCAGCGCGUCGACUAGUGCCGAGGAAUGGGUGAGGAUUGCGGAGCGCGGUUAUGGACGAAGCCUUCGACAAGGGGAACAUGAUCAGUGGUGGUCGCUGUUUCAACAGUUUUACCAAGAUCGAGACCGAACAGGGCUACUGGUCAAUGAAGGCGGUUUCCUCAUGCGCUUCAUUCACUGGCUACAACCACGACUCCAGCGCCGGUGGUAUAUCAACCUUUACGGGAAAAUAUAUGACUCCAACCAGGAGAUGGGAAGUGUGGAUUGCACAGCAUCUGAUAAUUAUUUCCGACCAGAGCUCCCGAAAAUCAUGCUACCGCCCGCUAUACCAUCCGUGCUCCCUUUUAAUACUUUCACUUAUCCCCUCUCUGCGCGGUCGGUGCGUCUCAUAGCCCAUAGACAUGCUCUGCGAAUAUCCUACGCCGCUUUGACGCAGUCUUGGUUGCCAAAACAUGUCUACCCGCCUCCUAGCCCUCCAUUCCAGGGAAAGCUCAGGAUUGCCUACCUCUCUAACGAUGUGAACAAUCAUCCGUUGGCUCAUUUGAUGCAGUCAGUCUUUGGCAUGCAUAACCGUUCACACUUUGUUGUAUAUCUCUACACAACGAGCCAGUGGGAUGGGUCCACGUAUCGCCCGAAGAUAGCCAAAGAUGUGGAACACUUCGUGGAUGCAUCGACCUGGUCUACCGAGGCUAUUGUCAAUGACAUCAUAAAGAAGCGAAUUCACAUUUUGAUCAAUCUUGGUGGAUAUACUAAAGGUGCCCGCAACGACGUGUUUGCUGUGAGGCCAUGUCCGGUGCAGAUACAGCUAAUGGGCUAUGCUGGAACAUUGGGAACUGGGUGGUGCGACUACCUCGUCUGCGAUCCUGUGGCAUGCCCGCAAGAAAUGUCGGCGGCAGAACAGUGGCGUCGAGCACAACGAAACUAUGCAGGACAGUUCUCCCUGGACCUCUUUGGUGAUUUGGACCCGGAAGCCCCGACGGAGAAUUGGAUAUAUUUGGAAAAGUUCAUAUACAUGCCUUUUUCGUUCAUGGUUACAGAUCAUAAGCAAUCGUUUCGGGUCGACGAACCUUAUUCUCCAGAGCAAAGGCAUCAGAUACCCCCUCAACGGCUGUGGACCGAUGAAGAAAUCAGACGUGCAGAAUUGCGGCAGUCACUGUUCCCUGAUUUACCACAGGAUCAUUUCAUAUUCGCGAACUUCAAUCAAGAGAUCUUCGCUGUCUGGCUUCGUAUCCUCGUCCGAGUCCCCCGGAGUAUCUUGUGGCUUUUACGCUUCCCACGUGCUGGCGAGGAGCACCUCAUUCGCACGGCGCGGCAGUGGGCGGGCGAUGAAGUCGCUUCCAGAGUGCGCUUCAGUGAUGUGGUUGAUAAGGAGGCGCACAUAUACCGAGGCCGGGUAGCAGACCUGUUCCUUGAUACCACCGAGUGUAACGCCCACACGAUUGCUUCUGAUGUUUUAUGGUCUGGCACCCCCAUGCUUACUUGGCCUCGACAUACGUACAAGAUGUGCUCUCGCGUCUGCGCAAGUAUGGUGAAUGCUACAGGCUUCGGAGACCAAAUGGUUGUAAAUAACCUCCAGGACUAUGAAGAGAGAGCGGUUACUUGGGCCAACGGCGUUGAGUACCAAUCCACUCAAAAGCCUUCUGGUUCCACUUUCAUGAGACCCAAAGGUGACGUUAUCACGCUUCGGCGCAACUUGUUCCUGAAUAGGGACAAAAUGCCUCUUUUCGAUACGCAGCGCUGGGUACGUAAUAUUGAGAAGGGGUACACGGAGGUCUGGAGACGAUGGGUAGCAGGCACGCAGUUCGAGAUGUCAGACGAAUGGCAGGAAUGCGAGGGAAUAGAGAAGGAGAGUGGAUGCAUAUGGGUCCCGGAUGAUGAUCCAGUUGAUAUUGUGCGAUACGACUGAUGGUAUGACUGCCCUGCAUACUUUUUAUGUCGUCUUUCUCUAUCUUCUAUGUUAUCGACUUCAUGCUCAUGUUUCUUUUUGUUACGAAGUCACUGCGGAUGCCUGUAGAUAAAUACUCAUAUCAUACAUAAAUAAAUAGUAGUGCCAUGCAGCCCUAUAC